GCCGCAGUAUCCCAAGUCCCAACAAGGUCAAGUCGCGUGGAUUCGCCACUAGCGGGUAUUGAUUACCUUGCCGCCCCUUGACCAAACCAAAUAACACAAGUCCCCAUUGCUUGCACCCUACAGCUCCUCACACCCAAGGUAUGGAGGAGGCACCAACGAGGGAGCCGAAGAGGCUGCGCCAGGACGCCGCGGUUACUUCCGCCGCGGCGGCGGCUGAGGAGCCUCAGUACGUGUACCUGCCUAUCGCCGACGCCAUGAAGGUUCCCGGCGUCCGGGUUUGCCUCUUCGCCGUUGUCUCCGAGAUCGGCAUCACCGACCGCAGCCGUGGCACGGAUUUCACUCUUAGGUUGAGGAUUGUGGAUCAAUCAUGCAUGGAUGGAAUCUCUGUAACAGUUUUUGCUGACAAAACUACUCUAUUGCCUUGUGUCAAGUCAAGUGGAGAUGUGAUCAGUCUCCAUAACGUCAUGAUAACGAUGCAUGGGGAGUUCUUUGUUUCAUUUAACAAAGAAGUUUCUUCAUUUGCGCUAUUUGAAAGCAAAGUAGCUGAGUGCAGCCCAUAUCAGACUUCUGUGAAAUAUCAUGGCAGCAAACAUGACAAAGAACUUUUAACCCAGAUGAGAACGUGGCUUGCAUAUAAUCCUCUAGGUCUGAAAGAUUUUGAAUUGCAGUUAAGAAGUUUAAAAUCUGAUUCUACUUUUGAUCUAGUAUGCAAGGUUGUUCAUGUCCAUGAAGAUAACGACAAAUUGAUAUUUUAUGUUUGGGAUGGAACUGAUACCCCUGCUGUUGAGUUUCAGGCAACUUUGGAUCCAAAGGCAGUUGAAUCACCCCCUCUAUUUGAAGGGCCACCUCUACCCAGGGAGGUUUUGUGCACAAUGCCAAUUAUCGGAACUGUUUUGAGGAUUUUUUCAGAUAUGCCUAUCAAGGAAGUAUCCCACAUGCAAAAUAGGGUUUAUUGGGCCAGAUUCUGUAACAUUACUUGCAAGGAAGAGUUUGGCAUUUGGAAAGGCAUUUUGCUGGCCUCUAGUAAAGUUCGGCUUUUAUCUCAUGAAGAUGGUAGCGUUGUUGAUCGUCGAAAGAUGUAUGCCAUUCGUAAGGCCAACCAAGUUCUCUGCCAGCCGAUGGCAAGCUUUCCCUCUAAUGUUACUGAUGUAGAAUAUGAGGAAGAAUGGCACUCAACGUUAAUGCAGUCUUUAACUCAUAAAGAGGUGACACACAAACUCAAAACCUUGGCCCGUGUUGUGGGAGCGUAUCCAUGUCAAGCUAGUGGUCUCCGUUUGCUGUCAACUGGUAACAUUCAUCUGCGGUUGACUCUUGAGGAUCCUACAGCGAGAAUUCAUGCGUACGUCCAUAAGAAUUAUCUGGUCCAAUUCUUCGGUGGUUUUCUGACAGAAGAAGCGAUAACAAAGAAGAUGAACAAGCUACUUGGUAUCCCAGAACCAGAGGACAGCGAGGAAGGUGCCCCCUUGACUAGGAAUCCACCUUGGAUAUGGUGCUGCUUGACAUCAUUCUAUAUGGACAAAAACAAUCCCUGGGACAGCAGAAAGUACCGAAUCUUUGCCACAGAGAUGAGGGAUUGAGGAGGGAUGCUGCUCGAAUAUGCAGGAACGGCCUUGCAAAUGAACCGAACUGAUUCUAUGUAGUAUUUCUGUGUGCUCUCGUUGGCAUUUUGCUUGGAGGGGCAUCUUGCUGGGAUGCAGCGAGACACGCUUUAGUUGUAGCCUGCGUACUGUCAGUAUUAUUCCCUAGAUGCAAUGUUGUUGCAGUGCUGCUGCUGACCUUCUGCUCCAUCCAGAACACUGGUAGCAGUCUGUAUGCGCGCCCACGCUACAGAACUCUAGAUUAUCUUGUGAAAUGUUAGUGCACACAGCACCAACUUUUGGCUUGGAAGUUGGAACGUGGCAAGAACCCCUUUUCUUGUUC